CGCCCGCGGGGGCGGGGAAAGCAGUCGCGCCGCGAUGACGUCGCGGGGGCCUGGCCGGGCGUCGCGGACUCCGGAGAUGGAGGAAAAGGAGCAACUGCGGCGACAAAUCCGUCUCCUGCAGGGUCUGAUCGAUGAUUACAAAAACCUCCAUGGCGGUGGCUCUGCCUCGGGCGUCUCAGCCCCUUCCCGGUGGCAACCACCUGCUUACAGCAGCAGCCGGGCCUUCAGUGCUGGUUACCCUCGCCCAAGCCGGAGGGGCUUCUCUCCGAACCGCGGGCCCGCCUGGCGCAAGAAAUACUCCCUUGUGAAUCGGCCCCCAGCGUCCUCGGACCAGCCUGGUGAUGGUGCUGUGCAAACGCCCCUCAGGGCUGGGGACAGCCAGGGUCCCGACCCCCAGCAGUAUGUCCUGGAGAGGCAGGUGCAGCUGAGUUCAGAUCAGAACAUGGUCAUCAAAAUCAAACCGCCAUCCAAACCGGGUUCGGCUAAUGCUGCGGGCGUCCCUCGGGGCUCCUUGGAAGAAUUUGAGGGCCCUCUCUGGAGCAACCACAGGCCUCAGGAGGGGGAGGGCGAGCCCCCGGGUGCACAGCGGCAACUCCCAAAGCCAGGAAGAGUCAAGGGGAGCUGCGGUUCCGAGGACCCCGGGCCGGGCUGUCAGAAGGAAGCUGGCAAGCCUCGGGUGGGGACGUCUGCGGGCAGCGUGAGCGACAGCCCCUCAGAGCCCCGGCGCACAGUCAGUGAGAGCGCGGUGGCCGUCAAGACCCGCUUCCAGUCCUCCACCCUGCCCCACCGCGGGGGCGUGGCUGUGGGCCGGAAGCUGGGCUCACACUCUGUGUCCAGCUGUGUUGCACACCUCCUUGGAGACGGGAGAGUGAGUGCCGGCCACGCAGAUCAGCCGGCUUCCUCUGGCACGGGGGCCAGCCCAGCUAGACCAGCUUCUGGACCCAGGCAGGCCCGGGAGUCCUCACUGCCCGUGCCCUGCCGCACCGCCAAGUUCCGGAAGAACAACUACAAGUGGGUGGCUGCUUCGGCAAAGAGCGCCCGGGCCCCUCGGAGGGCCCUCAGCCCCAGAGCGGCCUCCGAGCUCGUGUGCAAGGCCCCCUGUGGCACAGCAGAACAGGAGAAGCCACAGCUCAGCGCCGAUCCGGAUGCCAGGCCCAGGAGGUCGGCGGCGUCCUCCACGGCCGGGGCCUCCCCCAGCAAGUACAAGUGGAAAGCGUCCAGCCCCUCGGCCUCCUCGUCCUCCUCGUUCCGUUGGCAGUCGGAAGCUGGCAGCAAGGACCACGCCUCCCAGCUCUCUCCGGUCCCGUCUCGGUCCCCACCAGGGGACAGAGCGGCUGUGGGCCCCAGCAGUUUGAAGCCCCCGUUCGGUGAGACCCCGCUCUCGGCUUACAAAGUGAGGAGCCGCACCAAGAUCGUCCGGAGGCGGGCUGUUGCCAGCCUUCCCGGGGACAAGAAGAGCAGCCCCCCACCUGCCGCCACUGCCAAGAGCCAGUUCAGCCUGCGGCGGAGGCAGGCCCUCCGGGGCAAGAGCAGCCCCGUACCGAGGAGGACCCCCAGCAAGGGGCUGAUGCAGGUCACCAGGCACCGGCUGUGCUGCCCGCCUCCAGGCCGGGCCCACCUCCCCGGCAAGGAAGCGUCUGGUCCGCACGCCCUGCGGAGCCCUCCCGCCGGCAGAGAGAUCAAGACCCGCUACCGCAUUGUCAAGAAGACGCCGGCGUCCCCUCUCAGCGCCCCCCAGGCUCCCCUGGCCCUGCCCUCCUGGCGGGCCCGGCGGCUCUCCCUAUCCAGGUCUCUGGUGCUGAACCGCCUGCGCCCCGCUGCCGGGGGCGGGAAGGGCCAGGCCAGCUCCCCUCGGUGGCGGAGCAGAGGCUUCCGCUGCAUUGGAGGCGUCCUCUACAAGGUGUCGGCCAAUAAGCUCUCCAAGACCUGCGGCCGGCCUGGCGGCGACAGCGGGAACAGGCCACUCCUGCGCACAGGCCGCGGGGACCCUGCCGGCAGCUGCAGCCGCUCCCUGGCCAGCCGUGCGGUGCAGCGCAGCCUGGCCAUCGUGCGACAGGCGAGGCAGCGACGGCGCAAGCAGCAGCCGGAGUACUGCAUGUACUACAACCGCUUCGGCAGGUGCCACCACGGCCAGCGCUGCCCCUACAUCCACGACCCCGACAAGGUGGCUGUGUGCACCAGGUUUCUCCGGGGCACGUGCAAGAAGACAGAUGGCACGUGCCCCUUCUCCCAUCACGUGUCCAAGGAGAAGAUGCCCGUGUGCUCCUACUUCCUGAAGGGGAUUUGCAGCAACAGCAACUGUCCCUACAGCCACGUUUACGUGUCCCGGAAGGCGGAGGUCUGCACGGACUUUCUUAAAGGCUACUGCCCACUGGGUGCGAAGGCCGGGACGAAGUCUCCGCUCCUCUCCCUCCGUGGGGGCCACGUGACUGCUGCGACCUGCUGCUCCGGCCCCCCGCGCCCCCGGCCAGUCUCCUCUCCGGCCCUCAGGAGCCUCCGCUCCGGCCCUCAGCCGCUCAGGACCCGUGGGCAAGGACGGCCGUCCUUCCGUGGGAUGUCCGCCACCUCGGGGGGCUGACGCUCAGACACCCCCGUCCCGGCAAGGGCUGUGCUCCCCGUGCUCCCUCGACGGGAUGUCCGCCGAGGUGCCUGUGCUCUGGCUGUCUCCUCUCGGGCUAGUGUGUGUUUGAGGGCGGCCCUGGGGGACUCCGGAGGCUCCCAUGCUCACCCCAUGCUAGUUUUCACAGCCCCCCACGAUUCUCUCCUGUCCCCUUCUCUUUCACGGCACCCGUUUCUCCCCGUUGAGGCGUGUGCGUGGCUGUGGCCCCGGGCUCCUGCUGCGCGUCCCCGUGGCCCUCCGUGUUGGCUGCGGGCACUCGUUGCACUCCAGCCUCACCCGACGCUGCCGGCCGCCAGCAUGCGGGGCUGGGAGAUGCCUGUGUGCGUGCAGGGUCGACAGCUGCCUCCGGACCGAAGCCAGGCGCCCGGCCACCAGCCCUGCUGCAGCCCAGCGCUCUCCCUGCGUGGCCGCUGCUGGGCUCCCUGCUCCCCGGCCCCCGCAUGGCGGCACAGGCCCUGUGCCGCCUGCUCCGCGCGCUGGUGAGGCUCCCGGCAGUCCACCGCUCCACGGCCCUUCCUGUCCCCACCUCGUCCUGCUUCACACAAGGUCUCAUGUCCUCCAGGCAUCACCCUUUGGCUUCAAGGUCAUAGGCCAAGUUUCCGUCACCUGUUGGCCUUGCCAGUGGUGUCUUUCCUUCGGCUGAAAUCCUUUUUGUGUCUGGGGGGCAGAGUCCAUCCAUGUUCACCCUGCGGUCCUGUUCCCAGACCGGCCCGGUCCUGCUCAGUGCGGUGGUCCCGAGAAGGCGGCCCGGGGCAGGGGCUCACACCUGAGCCCAACCCUGUCCCAGCCCAUACUCGCUACCUGACCUCUCCAGGCCUCUGCUUCUUGUUCCGUAAAAUGAGGCUGAUGGGAGUCCCUGCCGCAGCGGGGAUGGUGGUGAGGAAGGCGUCCUUUGUCGCCUUUGCAGCAGGCCUGGGGCAGGUGUCAGCCGUUGUUGAGCUGGCUGUGGGGUGAAGUCGGACCCCACAUGGGCUUCCUCCACGCAGCGGGCCCCGGACUGCGCGUGAGACUGCGCCUUCCCUCUCUGCUUCGGGGGCCCGUGUUAGGGAGCCCGGCUUUAUGGGGGCGCCGCUCCUGUGUCAUCUGGUUCACCGCCCCGGGGGGCCGUUGUGCAGCGAUUCCCAGCAUCUGGCUCUAGAACACGCCUGUCACCCCAGACACGCCUCCGGUCCCUUUGUGGCCAGUCCCACCUGUGCCCACCCCGCCAGCAGCGCCGGCUCACGUGCCAUCCCCGUACACGGGUCUCUUCUGGACGUCUCCAGCGGAAGGCCCGCGACACACGGCCUCUGCUGCCCGCCUUCUCUCCUCUGGCCUGGUUUUGAGGGUCACCACAUUGUGAUCAAGGUCAGGCCUGUGCCCCUGUCCAUGGCGAGUGGUGCUCCGUCAUGUGCAGAGGCCACGUUGUGUCCAUCCAUUGGUGGGUGGAUGUUCGGGUUGUCCCUGGGGCGGGGCUGCGUGGAUGUUUCUGUGUGAGUCCUCGUGAGCACGGGCUCUCAUCUGCCUCGGGUGGGUGCCUGGGAGUGGGGUUGCCGGGUGCCGGGGAAGGGGGCUGCGGGCCUCCCUGCUUGCUUUCUCAUGCCACCGAGCUGUGCCACCUGGGGCGAGUGUGGCUGUCCUGGUGUCACAUGCUCACCAGCUCCUGGGUCUGUCCUGCUGACCUCAGCCCCCAGGUGGCGCAAGGCAGUCUGGCUGUAGCUUCAUUUUGUGUCCCCUGACCACUGACGGUGUUGGUGUGGAGCCCGGUGUGUGCCGGUGGAGCUUUAUCUCUCUGCUGGAACGGUGUUACCGAGGGGGCGCCCGUGUGCGCGCGGGGUCGCCGGAGCGAGGACUCUUGGUUCCGGCUCAGGUCAGGGUCUCAGGGUUGCGAGAUCGAGCCCCCACGCC